GCUGUCCUCAACUCCUGGUGCUGAAAUAAAAUGGCUGUGUGUUGUAGUGAGCCGAGCUGAGCGGAGCCGAGCCGAGCCGAACGGAGCCGAGCCGAGGAAGCGAGUAUACCGGCAGGAGCAGCCACGGUGUGCCAGCUCGCACACCGUCACAGAAACACAAUUACACAUUAUAAUACAUUAAACACACAGACACACGCACAGCCACACACGGCAUCGCCAAAGAGAAGAACCAGCGCGGAGAGAGCCAGCCAUGUCCCUGCUCUGUGUCGGCGUAAAGAAAGCCAAGCUGGAUGGACCCCAAGAGAAAUUCAACACGUAUGUGACUCUCAAGGUGCAGAAUGUGAAGAGCACGACCAUCGCUGUGCGAGGGAGCCAGCCGUGCUGGGAGCAGGACUUCAUGUUUGAGAUCAGUCGAUUGGACCUGGGUCUGACAGUGGAGGUGUGGAACAAGGGGCUGAUCUGGGACACCAUGGUGGGCACUGUGUGGAUCCCCCUUCACAGCAUCCGCCAGUCUAACGAGGAAGGGCCGGGGGAAUGGCUGACCCUCGACUCGCAGGUCAUCAUGACGGACAACGAGAUCUGCGGUACGAAGGACCCAACUUUCCACCGAGUCCUGCUGGACACGCGCUUCGAACUGCCCCUGGAUAUCCCAGAGGAGGAGGCACGCUAUUGGGCCAAGAAACUAGAGCAGCUGAACGCCAUGAGAGACCAGGAUUAUGCAUACCAGGCGGAGCAGGAGGGACCGCUGCCAGUGCCAGGGACUCAAUGCUGUAACUGGAGUCUAUGGGGAGAUCAGCAAAAUGAUGACCCAGACAGUGCAGUGGACGACCGGGACAGUGAUUACCGCAGCGAGACCAGUAACAGUAUCCCGCCUCCUUACUACACCACCUCCCAGCCCAACGCCUCUGUCCGCCAGUAUCCCAUGAGGCACCAGCAGCAGGGCUCGCGGGACUCCUACACUGACUCUCUGUACAGCUGUGAACUCGAUUACUCCGACCAGCAGAGGGGGAUGAGCCCCACAGGCAGUAGCCGCUAUGCCUCCUCCGCAGAGCUGAGCAGGGGCAGCUCCCAGCUCAGUGACGAUUAUGAGAACGGGAGCCUGCAGGGCUCUGGGCUGGGGGAGGACCUGGAGGGAGAGGACUCCUACCACUCCUGCCACAGCUCCGUCAGCUACGCCAAGGAGUCUCCGGACUGGGAUCCCGAGGAUGAGGAGGAGGGGCUGGGCGAGUACAGUGAUGACGGGGGGUACCCCAAAGAGGGGGGCGAGGGGAUGGUGGUGGGGGAGGAUGGUCUGUGCGAAGACGUGGAGGAGGAGGAUGCCAUAUAUGAGCCAGACGACCUGUAUGACGAAGAGGAGCUGUAUGAGGAUGAGGACCUGUACCCCACAGAGCAGACCCCAGAAGAGACCCUCUUCCCUCCUGCCGAGCCAGCCACCACCACCACUAACACCUCCGCUCGCCCCCCCCUGGAGAAACAGCCCUCCCUGCAGCAGCAGUCCCAGCCCCCCUCUCAGAUUCCCCCUCAGCCACCCUCUCAAACCCCCUCUCAGGCCCCUGCCCCUACCGCUACCCCUGCUGUCACUGCCCAGCUGUCCUUUGAAGCCCCCCCCCUCACGCAAGAGACCCCCAUCCCUUCCCCUUCCGCUGUCAUGGACACUGCCGAGCAGGAGACUGAGAGACUGCCAGACAGCUAUGGAGUGGGUGAUGACAGCCAGGCCUCCAUGUCCAGAGCCAAAGCUAACUGGCUGCGAGUCUUUAACAAGGUCCGUCUACAGCUGCAGGAGGCCCGUGGAGAGAGUGCUGGGGCGCAGUCACUGUGGUUUAAAGGAGGUGGAGCUGCCGCGGUGAAGUUCCUGUGCAGUAUUGACAGCAUGCCUGAUAUUAAGCCGCGCCGCAAAUCCCUCCCAUUUGUCAGCGACAUGGCUAUGUCUCUGGUCAAUUCUCGGAAGGCAGGAAUCGCUCCGGCUCUCGCCUCCAGCACGCUGAAUAACGAAGAGCUGAAAGCUCAUGUGUACAGGAAGACCCUGCAGGCACUCCUCUACCCCAUCUCCAGCACCACACCCCACAACUUCGAGGUGUGGACCGCCACCACGCCCACCUACUGCUACGAGUGCGAAGGGCUUCUGUGGGGCAUCGCCAGGCAGGGCAUGCGCUGCUCGGAGUGCGGGGUCAAGUGCCACGAUAAGUGCCAGGACCUGCUCAACGCAGACUGCCUGCAGAGAGCUGCUGAGAAGAGUUCAAAGCAUGGUGCCGAGGACCGGACCCAGAACAUCAUCAUGGUUCUGAAGGACCGCAUGAAGAUCCGCGAGCGCAACAAGCCGGAGAUCUUCGAGCUGAUCCAGGAGGUGUUUGGGUUGUUGAAGGCGCCGCACACCCAGCAGAUGAAGCAGAUCAAACAGAGCGUGCUCGAUGGCACCUCCAAGUGGUCAGCCAAGAUCAGCAUCACAGUGGUGUGUGCCCAAGGGCUGCAGGCAAAAGACAAGACGGGCUCCAGUGACCCCUAUGUGACCGUGCAGGUGGGCAAAACCAAGAAGAGAACCAAGACCAUCUACGGAAACCUCAACCCAGUGUGGGAGGAGAACUUCCACUUUGAGUGCCACAACUCGUCAGACCGGAUCAAGGUGCGAGUGUGGGAUGAAGACGAUGACAUCAAGUCCCGCGUGAAGCAGCGGUUCAAGCGCGAGUCCGACGACUUCCUGGGGCAGACGAUCAUCGAGGUGCGCACCCUGAGCGGGGAGAUGGACGUGUGGUACAACCUGGAUAAGCGCACAGACAAGUCUGCGGUGUCGGGAGCGAUCCGGCUGCACAUCAGCGUUGAGAUCAAGGGGGAGGAGAAGGUGGCUCCCUACCAUGUGCAGUACACCUGUCUACACGAGAACCUGUUCCACUACGUGACGGAUCUUCAGAACGGCGGGGUGGUGAAGAUCCCCGAUGCAAAGGGGGACGACGCCUGGAAGGUUUACUUUGAGGAGACACCACAGGAGAUUGUGGACGAGUUCGCCAUGCGCUACGGAGUGGAGUCCAUCUACCAGGCAAUGACUCACUUUGCCUGCCUCUCCUCUAAGUACAUGUGCCCUGGCGUUCCCGCUGUGAUGAGUACGCUGCUCGCCAAUAUCAACGCCUACUACGCACACACCACCGCCUCCACCAACGUGUCUGCUUCUGACCGCUUCGCAGCCUCCAACUUCGGGAAAGAGCGGUUUGUGAAACUCCUGGACCAGCUGCACAACUCUCUGAGGAUUGACCUGUCCAUGUACCGGAAUAACUUCCCCGCCAGCAGCCCCGAGCGCCUCCAGGACCUGAAGUCCACAGUGGACCUGCUGACCAGCAUCACGUUCUUCAGGAUGAAGGUGCAGGAGCUGCAGAGCCCCCCCAGGGCCAGCCAGGUGGUGAAGGACUGCGUGAAGGCCUGCCUCAACUCUACCUACGAGUACAUCUUCAACAACUGCCACGAGCUGUACAGCCGCGAGUACCAGACCGACCCGGCUAAGAAAGGGGAGGAGCAGCCCGAGGAGCAGGGCCCCAGCAUCAAGAACCUCGACUUCUGGUCCAAACUCAUCACCCUCAUCGUCUCCAUCAUCGAGGAGGACAAGAACUCCUACACACCCUGCCUCAACCAGUUCCCUCAGGAGCUCAAUGUUGGGAAGAUCAGUGCGGAGGUGAUGUGGAACCUGUUUGCUCAGGAUAUGAAGUACGCCAUGGAAGAGCACGAUAAGAACCGUCUGUGUAAAAGUGCAGACUACAUGAACCUGCACUUCAAGGUGAAGUGGCUCUACAACGAGUAUGUGAAGGAGCUGCCCUUCUUCAAGAGCAGAGUGCCCGAGUACCCAACCUGGUUCGAGCCGUUCGUUAUCCAGUGGCUGGAUGAAAAUGAGGAGGUGUCCCGAGACUUCCUUCAUGGAGCGCUGGAGAGAGACAAGAAGGACGGGUUCCAACAAACCUCUGAGCACGCUCUCUUCUCCUGCUCAGUGGUGGAUGUGUUCUCCCAGUUAAACCAGAGCUUCGAGAUCAUCAAGAAGCUGGAGUGCCCAGACCCCCAGAUCGUGGGCCACUACAUGAAGAGGUUUGCCAAGACCAUCAGUAACGUGCUGCUGUCCUACUCUGACAUCAUUUCCAAGGACUUUACCAACUACUGCUCCAAAGACAAAGUGCCCUGUAUCUUGAUCAACAACAUCCAGCAGCUCAGAGUCCAGCUGGAGAAGAUGUUCGAGGCCAUGGGGGGGAAAGACCUCAACGUGGAGGCCAGUGACAUUCUGAAGGAGCUGCAGAUCAAACUCAACAAUGUGCUGGAUGACCUGAGCAGAGUGUUCGCCACCAGUUUCCAGCCCCACAUCGAGGAGUGUGUGAAGCAGAUGGGUGAUAUCCUGAGCCAGGUGAAGGGGACGGGCAACGUGCCGGCCAGCGCCUGCAGCAGCGUGGCUCAGGAUGCAGACAACGUGCUGCAGCCAAUCAUGGACUUCCUGGACAGAAAUCUGUCCCUGUUUGCUAAGAUCUGUGAGAAGACCGUUCUGAAGCGAGUUCUGAAGGAGCUCUGGAAGCUGGUGAUGAACACCAUGGAGAAAACCAUUGUGCUGCCACCCCUCACCGACCAGACAAUGAUUGGCAGGGUGAAGCUUGUGUGUCACACUGAUGGCACGCAGCUCAUAUUCAACGCAGCCAAGGAACUGGGACAGCUCUCCAAGCUCAAGGAUCACAUGGUGCGGGAGGAAGCCAAGUCCCUCUCCCCUAAGCAGUGCGCUGUGGUGGAGCUGGCACUCGACACCAUCAAGCAAUAUUUCCAUGCGGGAGGAGUUGGUUUGAAGAAGACGUUUCUUGAAAAGAGUCCUGCCCUGCAGUCUCUGCACUACGCACUGUCUCUCUACACACAGGCCACCGACACCCUCAUCAAAACCUUCGUCCAAUCACAGAAUGCACAGGUUCACGGAGGCAAGGGGGUUAGGUUCACCCUUAGCGAGGAUGUUUACCCAGAGAAGGGCUCCGGCGUGGACGAUCCUGUGGGAGAGGUGUCCAUUCACGUGGAGAUUUUCACCCACCCCAACACCGGGGAGCACAAGGUCACAGUGAAGGUUGUGGCUGCGAAUGAUCUCAAGUGGCAGACCUCUGGGAUAUUCCGCCCCUUCGUCGAGGUGAACAUAAUCGGCCCGCACCUCAGCGACAGGAAGAGGAAGUUCGCCACCAAGUCCAAGAACAACAGCUGGGCUCCCAAAUACAACGAGACCUUCCUAUUCGCCCUGAGCAGCGAGGUGGGCCCGGAGAGCUAUGAGCUGCAGCUGUGUGUGAAGGAUUACUGCUUUGCCCGCGAGGACCGUUCGGUGGGCAUGGCGGUGAUGCAGCUGAAGGACAUCGUGUCCCGGGGUAGCGUGGCCUGCUGGCUGCCCCUGGGCAAGAGGAUUCACAUGGACGAGACGGGGCUGACCGUGCUGCGCAUCCUGUCACAGCGCAACAACGACGAGGUCGCCAAGGAGUUCGUCAAGCUCAAGUCAGACACUCGCUCCAUAGAGGAGGGUAGAUAGAGGGGCCGGCCAGGGGACCGGGACCAGGACCUGGGUGCACUCGAGGAGCCAAGACAAGCCCUGCUGAUAGAAGUCCAGGGACAAGGCUUGUCUUGCGCACCCUACCCUCCUACCACCCGAUAUGAAGGACACUUCUCCGCCACCUCGAAGGAGUUUCUCUGUCUGUUGGGCACACUGACUGGGGUUUGCAUUUUUUUUUUUUACACAUGAGUAAGAAAAAAGGUUGUUUAAAUCAAACGGUGAGUCUGGAAGUGAACCAUGUUUGCAGCAGAGCAUCGGCAUUACGAUGCAGUUAUCUGACAGGAGAGGGACGGGUAGCAGUGUGGAGCGCUUUGAAUUCAGAUACAGUCUGACCCCGCCAGGUCCAGACUAUAUUUUACAACACUUCUGGUGCUUGGAAUUGGACUCUAGAUCAGCAGGACCAAGACCUGACAUCCCCCAAUCCUCCCUGACUGCUCACGUGCCUCUGUGACUGGCCCCGGGUUCAGAACAAGACCACCACAAAAUAUUCCACACAAAAAACAAACAAAAACUAACUUUUUCUAUUUAUUUAAUUUUAUUCAGAAACUUUAUAAAAAAAAUAAAACAAAACACAUAUUGAAUAAAGACACCUGCUAAGCACUGCUUUAAUGUUCUGAAACAAUAAGUUUGCUGCAUGCAACAACAGACCCCAUCAUCCAAUCCCAGAUACAGGACUGCUGACCAGCUGGUUUCCUGGGAGGGGGAAAGCUCCCACCCAGUUAUGCAAAUCCAGAUGAUCACGCCAGUUCUUGCCCCUGAAGGAAGGCCGGGUAGAAGAGGAGAGGGUGGGGCAGGAACAGGAACCUACAGCUAUUGAGUAUGGACUCUCAAACUACAACUCCCAUGAGCCUUUUCUGCAGCAAAGGACCUUUUACAUGUCCUGUUCCUGUUGGAACCCACUCAAGCCUGGAAUGAGGAAUGGAGCAUGCAGGACAAGUUUGAAUUCAAUAGCCAUUGAGAAUCAUCUCUCUUUUAAUAAGAUCUUUUGUUUCAAAGAUACUUUAAAUAAUAAUAGGCAAUUCUAAUUACCAAUGGAUUUAUUUAUUUAUUUUUUAAAAAGCAAAAAAAAGUCUGCACUUUGAUUUUUUUUUUAAGUUUAUUAACUGGUGCAUGUGUCAUGUGUUGGUCAGUGUGAUCGAGAGUCUGUGUAUCCAGGAGUCCUCUGUUUUGAUAGCCACACCGUUUCUGUUCAUCUGUGUCGAUAGUAAGAGUCUGCAUGACAAACUGAAGCCUCCCAGCACUGUGAUUAACUACACGGCCCCCUUGUUGGACUCCAAGACUGACAGAACUGAUAUACCUCCUGCGUAGAGAUCUGUUUACCAAGGAGAUUUCACCACGAGAACGCCUGCUUCACUUCAGAACUGCCAAAGUGUCUUUUACUAAAUCCCACCGAUGGUAAAACUGUAUGGUUUUUUAAUUUGUUUAUUUUUAAAAAUAUCUAGGUAUUAUUUGAUUGAUU